AUGGAUAUUAUUCUAGGGAUUAGAGUCCAAGAUUCUGUUAUUUUAGCUUCUUCCAAGGCUGUAACUAGAGGUAUAUCUGUGCUAAAGGCUACCGAUGAUAAAACUAGGCAGUUAUCCCCCCAUUCAUUGAUUUCGUUCACUGGUGAAUCUGGUGAUACCGUGCAAUUUUCAGAGUAUAUUCAAGCAAACAUGCAGCUUUAUAUGAUUAGAGAAAAUUAUGAACUAUCACCUCAGGCACAGUCCAGUUUUGUUAGAAAUGAAUUGGCAAAAUCCUUGAGAUCUAGGAAACCUUUUCAGGUUAAUGUAUUGAUUGGUGGAUACGAUGUGAAGAAAGAAAAACCAGAACUAUAUCAGAUUGAUUAUCUAGGGACCAAAGUUGAAUUACCUUAUGCUGCCCACGGUUAUUCCGGAUUUUACACCUUUUCAUUAUUAGAUCACCAUUAUAGACCUGAUAUGUCUACUGAGGAAGGGUUAAAACUUUUGAAACUAUGUGUUGAAGAGCUGGAACGUAGAAUGCCGAUUGACUUCAAGGGAGUACUUGUCAAGGUGGUUGACAAGGAUGGUAUUCGUGAAAUAGAAAACUUCUGA